AUAAUAAUAAAACAAGAAUCUCUGCAACGCAUCAAAACCAUCACCUCUCCUCCUCUAUGUAUGAUGAUUUGUUUUCUUCUAUAUUUGAAGACACCUUCUUUUCACGUCUCUUAUCCUUCUCACAUUCUAUAAAUCAAAUGUCACCCAUCUCAACAAUACUCCAUCAUCGUACCUUCUUCUUCUUGACUUCAUUAUUGUUCUCGUGCCGUUGGAGAUAGAAAUGAGUGGUAGCAAUGUUAAUCUCCCUCCUGGUUUUCGAUUUUAUCCAACUGAGGAAGAACUCGUUGUCCAUUUUCUUCAUCGUAAGGCAACGCUUUUGCCUUGUCAUCCAGAUGUCAUCCCUGAUCUUGAUUUAUAUCCUUAUGAUCCAUGGCAACUUCAUGGCAAAGCACUAGCUGAAGGGAAGCAAUGGUACUUCUACAGCAGGAGGACACAAAAUAGGAUUGCAGAGAAUGGAUAUUGGAAGGCUAUUGGCAUUGAAGAACCAGUGCUUACAAGCGCCAAUAUAAGAGUUGGAAUGAAGAAAUAUUUAGGGUUUUACGUAGGAGAAGCUCCAGCAGGAAUGAAAACUAGUUGGAUAAUGGAAGAGUAUGGAUUAUUAUCAUCGGAUUCUUGUUCUAGUAGUAUAAGCAGGUCAUCCAAAACAAGAGCACAUCCAAAAAUAGACUGGGUCAUUUGCAAAGUGUACGAGCGAAGCUCUGAUGAAGAUGGUGACGGAGAAGAAUUGUCUUGCUUGGACGAAGUUUUCUUGUCAUUAGAUGAUCUUGAAGAAAUAAGUUUGCCAAAUUAAUUACGGAGAUGUUUGGUUCACUUGUUGGGUGUAACUGAUAGUUGAUAGAUAUAAAAACAGGUGAAUUAGAGUGUUUGACAAAUUUUAAAAAAUAAAGCUGAUAACUGGGUAACUGAUAAAUAAGCUGAUAGCUAUUUCUCAUCAGUUGAUAACAAAUUUAAUUUUAUUUUUUAUUUUGAUCGUAUUAUUCUUUUUUUUUAACUCGAAAAUCAAUAUUAUUAAUACUUUUAUAUUUUUCAUUUAUAAUUUUAACAUUUUAAUUAAUACAUUUCAACUUUGUUAAAAUAUUUUUUAUUAAUAACAUAAAAUAUAAAAUAUUUAUA